GGUUCUUUCCCACAUUGACGUUCGUCUAUUGGUGAUAACCAUCUCUGAUAUAGAAUGAACUUUACAGAUAUGUAUUUGAGAGUGGAGGGUUUGUAUAUCGAUACCUUAUCAACUAAUGUCUGUGUCCCAUAAGAACUUCAUGUCGCACAAGUUGUCAGUUCGUUUUACCAAUAACUUCUCUACAAGCAACAUGCUGGAAACACGCGCAAUACUAUUACCAAUUUUGUUGGCGUUCAGUCUUUUCCAAGUAGGAAGUAGCACUGUGGAACAUGAUUUAAGACAGAAAUUAUUACCUAAGGCGGCGUUCAGGCUCCAGCAGCGCGCUGACUUUGUUUGCCCUGGAAGCGAUGGCUUCUAUGGAAUCCCCGGUGAAUGUUCAGGUACGUACUACGCUUGUGUUGGAGGGACACCAAUUCAGCAGGAAUGUCCAGCGAAUGAGGUGUUUGACCCUGAGAUAAAACACUGUGUUCCGUUAGCAGAAGCCUCUUGUAAUAAUGGUCAGACUACUGCCAGCACGACAACUGCUUCUACCACUACUUCAAGGACCACGACUUUAAGUACCACACCCCCACCCACCUACGACACUACGACAACAUCCACCACCACAACUCCUUCUGGCGAAUUUACUUGCCCAGCGCCCGAUGGAUUUUUCCCUAUUCCUGGGACAUGCGACAGUCCAUACUAUAUCUGUGUUGGUGGGGUUCCAACUCUGACUGCUUGUCCCGGUGAAACCAUUUUCGAUCCACAGACAAACACCUGUGUAGCACCCGAGGAUGCAUCUUGCUCUGAAACAUUCACCUGUCCUACAUCGGAAGGCUUCUACCCAAUCCCAGGAACAUGUGGGUCAGAUUUCUACGUGUGUGUAUCAGGAUCUCCCUCCAUUUCGACAUGCCCAAACGGAAAUAUAUUUGAUCCCGAAACUCUCAUCUGUACAUCACCUGAUCAAGCUACCUGUUCGAAUCCUUUCGUGAAGGAAUCAAAGUAAUAAGGUCUUCCACUUGCUGUAUACAAUUUAAAAGUUUGAACUGACAUCAAAUCAAAUCUGCUAUGUGCAAACCCAGAAACAGCGGUUAAUAGCACAAUAAUCCGUGUUAACGCUAGUAUGUGUAGCAUCCUUUCACGCAAAAAAAAUAUUGAUUAAAUAAACACGCUGACAUUAAA